CGCGUCUGCGGCUGCGCGGCCGGCCCGGGAGGGGGCGCGGCGGGCGGCUGGGAGUGGGGCCCGCGAGCGGCAUGUCUCGCUACACCAGGCCCCCAAACACCUCCCUGUUCGUCAGGAACGUCGCAGACGCCACCAGGCCUGAGGACUUGCGCCGAGAGUUUGGCAGAUAUGGCCCCAUAGUAGAUGUUUAUAUCCCACUGGACUUCUACAGUCGCCGCCCCAGAGGAUUCGCUUAUGUUCAGUUUGAAGAUGUUCGGGAUGCUGAAGAUGCACUUUACAACCUCAACAGGAAGUGGGUAUGUGGCCGGCAAAUUGAAAUACAGUUUGCACAAGGUGACCGCAAAACACCAGGCCAAAUGAAGUCAAAAGAGCGCCACCUGUGCUCCCCGAGUGACCACAGGAGAUCCAGAAGCCCGAGCCAGAGGAGAUCGAGAAGCCGGAGUUCUUCAUGGGGAAGAGACCGGAGGCGCUCUGAUAGCCUGAAAGAGUCUCGGCACAGGCGAUCUUCUUACAGUCAGUCUAAAUCUCGUUCCAAAUCACUACCCAGGCAGUCUACCUCCGUGAGGCAGUCAAGAACACCAAGAAGGAAUUCUGGAUCUAGAGGACGAUCAAGAUCCAAGUCCUUACCCAAAAGGUCCAAGUCGAUGGAAAAAUCACAGUCACGCUCACCUCAAAAGCAGACUGGCUCCGGAGCAAAGUCCAGACCCCAUGGACGACACUGUGACUCCAUAGCAAGAUCUCCAUGCAAGUCUCCCAGAGGGUAUGCCAGUUCUGGAUCGAAGACACAAACAACAAAACAUUCUCAUUUCCGGUCACACUCCAGAUCUGGGAGUUACCAUCAUAAAAACAGUUGGUGAAGAGCAACUUCCAGCAGAGCCACAAAGCUCUGCUACAAGUUAUCUCUCACACCUCAUUGUGGUUAAAAUUCUUCAAGGCCUGUAGAAAUUCGAACCUGCAUUAGUUACUUCAGGCAUGUGGAAAGAAUAAAAUUGCCCUAGCUUU